AUGGACGGAGAAGAUGACACAUCCGUUGGCCACCACGAGCGAAAAGGAGGCUGCAACGGAGAUAUGAAUGGAGCCGAUGGAAGGCCGCUGAAGGAACCAGACCCUCAGCAAUCGCAGCCGCUUGUUGAAGCAGCAGACUUCGCUGUUCUUCCGAAUGAAAGCGACACUGGCAAAUGCACACGAAUCAUAGAGCUUCUACAAAUGGCACAUGUGCAGUUUUGGGUCGCGGCUACCUACGGGCUCUUGGCUCCUUACUUUCCAGCUCUGGCCGCUUCAAGGGAACUUGAAGCUUGGAAAUACGGAUUUGUAUUUUCUAUAGGGAAAAUAACCACACUAAUUGGAUCACUUGUAGGCCAGCCAUUCGUUAGGUUCACGUCACCAAAAACGGUGUUCUUGUUUGGCCAAGCCGGAUAUUUUGCAGCCAACCUUCUUUAUGGAUUGCUCUACUGGACAACCGGCGGCAACGACCUUCUUGGAUUUGCGCUUUGCGUCGGCGCGCUGGGAGGAUUUACGGAGAGCGUGUACGCAGUCAUCAGCUAUUCGGUGGUGUCCCUGACUUUCUACGACAAUCCUGGGGUGGCUAUCGCCGCAAUGCAGUUCCUUUGGGGUACUGGAGGGGCGGUAGGAGCCAUCAUUGGUGGGCUUUUGAUUGAUUUGUGGGCCUACCCGCUACCAUUCUUCGUUGUGCCAUCGCUCUUCAUUGUACUUUUGCCUCCAAUCGCCAGAUCAGGCGUAUUUAAAAGGCUGCGAAAAGACGCCGACCUCUCGUGCUUGGAAGAAAGUGCCGUCUACCAUCACCUUCUUGGCGACAUCGUUUUCGCUGUCUGUCUGAUCAACAUGAUACUCAACGGAAGCAUUUUUGGGUUCAACGAAACCACGCUAGAACCUUACCUGCAAAAUUUCCAGGAAAGCAGCUCGGCCGUCGGCAGCGUGUUCAUGACCCAAUUGGCGAGUUUCUCGGUGGGAUCUGCUCUGGCUGGGAUCAUCUGCUAUUUUAAGGUUGAAGCCACCUUCAUUCCAGUUGCCCACAUUUGCAAUGUUUUAGCAUACAUUCUUCUAGGCCCGGCGCCUUUUCUACCAUUUGAACCGAACCUCUACCUCAUCUACUUUUCUCAAGUCUUGGUGGGAUCAGGCAUGGCCUCGGUGUGCGUGCUGUCUUAUUGUCACGCUCUCAACAGAGCCGUUAAAAAGGGGUACAAUGAAAAUAUCAGAACAAACACCUUUCUGUCUUCUGCAAUGUUCAGUGCCUACGUCAUUGGGGCAAUCAUAAGCCCCCCAAUAAGCGGGUACGUGGUGGAAACCUUUGGCUACAGAAAAGGAUCGAUGUCACUCCUGGGAGUUCUGCUGGCAUGGGUGGCACUCGAAGAGGUCGGUUGUCUCGCCACGUGA